CGGAUUUGCUGGACUAUUCGGUCAAUUCUUUGACUUGUCUUUGCUAUCACUUCUCCAAAUCAAGCAAUUAAUUGUUUUUUGUCCUGUUGAAAGCCAUGGGAAUCAUUACUUUCGCCGCGUAUCUGCGUGCAUCACUGGUAGUGUGGUUGCUUUUACUUUCUCGUUCGGUGCUGUCAUUCUGCGUGUCUGAGUUUGAAGUACGACAUCUGCCUGGCAGUCCUUCUUUGCCGCGCAGCUGGGCUGGCCGGCUUCCUGUUCCAGAUAUGCCUGAGGGGAACGCUCUCUUUUUCUGGCUCUUCGAGACUGAAGACCCCAUGUACGAUGAUAAUCUCAUCAUCUGGUUUGCCGGCGGGCCCAGCUGCUCAUCUCUUGUUGGAUUGACCUCCGGAAACGGGCCCAUCUCUUUCGUGGGCGAUUCCUCCAAACUGGCACGAAAUCCGUAUUCUUGGACCAAGCUUGGCCAUGUCCUCUACGUUGACCAGCCAGUGGGCACAGGGUUUUCGACUGCUAGUGACCCUUACCCAGUGGCAGAUAAUGACCAAGUGACAUCCAGUUUCUACAGAUGGCUGAAGUCGUUCUUUGCUCGGUUUCCGCAUCUGCAGUCAAAGCGAGUCCAUUUAAUUGGAGAAUCAUACGCGGGUAUCUAUGUCCCAUACUUUGCAACUGAGAUUGUGAAGAAUCACGAUUCGUUCCCUAUCAAUCUCCAAUCCCUCUCGAUGGGAGACGGCGCUUGGGCAAACGCAGCAACCCUAUCGUCCGUAGGCAUUGGCAGCUACCUCCAGUCUCAGAGCGAAAUCCUUGGCAUACCCGAUGACAUCCUUGCCGCAUUCGCCGAGGCAGAUCACAUAUGCGGGUUUGACACGAUUCUCAGGGAAGCAAGUCUCUACCCCCCGAAGGGGAAGCUGCAUAUCCAAGGCAAUCCGCAGGGUCUUAACAUGAAACGCCGCGAUGAGCUCAGGAAUAACGGACACAAGCUUAAACGCCUCCUACCGCAGCACCGACGUCGUCUUAUGCCUCUUCAACGCCGGAGCUUGCCUAACACCCUAAACCCCCUCUGCAACAAAUAUCCAAAGACCCCAACACAGGUCCUCAACUCCAUCCUAAACAACACCUGCUACGGAUCCUGUGCCACCUUCUCCACAGUCCUCGAUUACCUCGGCACAGCCGAAGCUAACCCUUGCUUCGACAUGUACGAUAUAACCGCAACCUGCAACACCCCAGAUCCCAGCCUCCUAGCAAGUACAUAUUUCAGCCGCAUAGACGUUCAAUCAGCACUAAACAUCAUCGCUCCAUCAUCAUCAGAUACAGAAACCUCCUUACCCUUCACAGCUUGUAACAUGUCGGUGUUCACUUCACCCUCCAGAAACAACCCACUCCGCCCGCAUAUUCGCUCCUCCCAACCCUGGUGA